UGAUUUGUAGCUUCUUUUCACACUCUCUCGACCUAUGACCACUACGGUAGAGGGAUGGGUGUGUCCCGGACUGUCUUGGCAAUACACGCCGGAAGGGAGGAGGGCCUUUCUGCCUGUCUGUCUGCCUGUCUGUCUGCCUGCCUGCCUGUCGGUGUAUCUGUCUGUGUUUCGUCGCGGCGCUAGAGACGGGCAGAGCCGGUGUUUGUGAUGGGAGCUAGCUAACUAGGAAGGGCGACUAUAGCUUUAAGUGAAAGAAAACGAAACAAGGAGCAGUCAGCCGCGUCGGCGGGUCGCUUAGCUAGUUUAGUGGGAUUACAGGGGAUUUCGAUAUGAUAUUUGUUAAACUACUUCUCAUGUUUUGCUGCCUACAAGACAUUACAGGUCAGUUUGGGAACCGUUUGAACAAAUAUAUUCGCCAUUAUGAAGGUUUAUCAUAUGACACAGAAGCCCUACACAACAGUCACCAGAGAGCCAAGAGGGCACUGUCUCCUCAGGACAGGACUGUGCAGCUGGACUUCCACGCUCAUGGAAGGUAUUUUAACUUGCGGCUGAAAAGGGAUACGAAUCUGUUUUCUCCAGAUCUCGUCAUUGAGGUAUCAGGGGAGGAGAUACCCAUCGAUACAUCACAUAUUUACAGUGGAGAAAUUUUUGGAGAAAAAGGCACGCUGACCCAUGGCUCUGUGGUGGAUGGACGCUUUGAGGGCUUCAUUAAAACCCACCAGGGAACGUACUACGUUGAACCCUCAGAGAGGUACCUGCGAGCCAAGAAUGUUCCCUUCCACUCUGUCAUCUAUCAUGAAGAUGACAUCAAUUAUCCUCAUAAGUAUGGCUCAGAGGGCGGCUGUGCUGACCACUCUGUGUUUGAGAGGAUGAGGAAGUACCAGACGUCAGGAGCAGAAGAGCAUGGAAAAGGGGAGAACAGUGUGUUGGAAGAGGACAGCUCACAUGUUCCUGUCAUUCUGAGGAAGAAGAGGGCAGCAGGGAAAGAGAAAAACACCUGCCAGCUCUUCAUCCAGACUGACCACCUCUUCUUCAAACACUACGGCACAAGAGAGGCUGUUAUUGCCCAGAUCUCCAGCCACGUGAAGGCUAUCGACUCCAUUUACCAGGCCACAGACUUCAUGGGCAUACGAAACAUCAGCUUCAUGGUUAAAAGGAUCAGGAUAAAUACCACAGAAGAUGAACAGGACAAGACCAAUCCUUUUCGCUUUGGCAACAUCGGAGUGGAGAAGUUUUUGGAGCUCAACUCCGAACAGAACCAUGAUGACUACUGCCUGGCCUACGUCUUCACUGACAGGGACUUUGAUGAUGGUGUUCUUGGCUUGGCUUGGGUUGGGGCUCCUUCAGGAAGUUCCGGGGGCAUCUGUGAGAAGAGCAAACUGUAUUCGGAUGGAAAGAGGAAGUCUCUGAACACUGGAAUCAUCACUGUGCAGAACUAUGCCUCCCAUGUCCCUCCCAAAGUGUCACACAUUACUUUUGCUCAUGAGGUUGGGCACAACUUUGGCUCUCCUCAUGACUCUGGGUUCGAAUGCACCCCUGGAGAGUCUAAGUUGCAGGACAAAAAGGAGCAGGGAAACUACAUUAUGUAUGCCAGAGCCACAUCGGGGGACAAACAGAACAAUAACAAGUUUUCCAUCUGCAGCAUCCGCAAUAUAAGUGCUGUUCUGACAAAGAAGAGAGAUGACUGCUUUGUCGAGUCUGGUCAGCCUAUCUGUGGUAAUGGACUGGUGGAAGCUGGAGAGGAGUGUGACUGCGGCUACAGCGAUCAGUGUACGGAUCCAUGCUGCUAUAGCGCCAACGAAGCGGAGGGCAAGAAGUGCAAACUUCAACCAGGCAAAAUCUGCAGUCCCAGCCAAGGACCCUGUUGCACAAAGGAAUGCACUUUCAAGGGCCCUGAUGACAAGUGCAGACUGGAGUCCGAGUGUGCCCAGGAGGGCCGCUGCAAUGGAGCGACUGCUUUGUGUCCUACCUCAAUGCCAAAGGCCAACUUCACCUCUUGCCAUGCAGAAACACAAGUUUGCCUCAAUGGAGUCUGCUCUGGUUCCAUUUGUGAGAAGUAUGGUCUGGAGGUAUGCACCUGUGCCAGCCAAAAUGGCAAAGAUGAGGCAGCUGAGCUUUGCCACGUGUGCUGCAUGGAGAAGAUGAACCCCAGCACCUGUAGCAGCACAGGAUCAGAUAAAUGGGACAAAUUCUUCAAUAAGAAGACCACCACGCUGCAGCCCGGCUCACCCUGUAAUGACUUUAAGGGAUACUGUGAUGUGUUCAUGAGGUGUCGUCUGGUGGACGCAGACGGGCCUCUGGCAAGGCUGAAGAAAGCCAUCUUCAAUGCCGAACUCUAUGAGAAUAUUGCUGAGUGGAUAGUGGCUCACUGGUGGGCAGUGCUGUUGAUGGGAAUUGCUCUUAUAAUGCUAAUGGCUGGUUUCAUCAAGAUCUGCAGCGUCCAUACCCCCAGCAGCAAUCCCAAACUUCCUCCACCAAAGCCACUGCCAGGUACACUGAAAAGGAGAAGACAACAACAUGCAAACCAGCAGUCACAGGGCCAGCGCCAGCCCCGCCAGUACAGAGAGAACUAUCAAAUGGGACAGAUGAGACCCUGAGACGCUGCUCUGCUCUUUGCCUUGGUUCUUCUUAGUGCCUACAACGGGAGCACUUCACUCCAAAGAGUUACCUUUACCACAUAUUGCAAAAUUCAAAGAACUUGCAGCUGAAACAACUUUAAUGGACAAAGCCCAAAGUUUUUGAGGGCCUAACAAACUCACUCGGCACCUCUGCUCUGAGAGCCAGAUUAGCAGUGGUUCACAUAGCUUUUAUAGGAAACAAAGAAUUUUUCCAGGGAGGGACAAGGGGGAGAAAUUCACUGAUCUCUGUUAUGUGGUCUUAAUCUUACCAUUUUUCUGUUUUUAAUUACUUUCUCAUCAGAAUGGAGGAGAGAGAAGCAGCUUUGUUCCAGUUGCCCUCCUCUGUCCUCCAUCUGUGCAACCUUUUCUCUUUCCUGCCCUUCCUCUCUGAAAUGCUGCCAUCAUCAGCACGACAGCGGGACUGCAGGUCACAUGAGUUUUUGCUGCCAAUCAAAAACAGCAUUGAGACGUUGUGUUGAAAGAAAACUUGUUUUUUGCCAAUGUGGUUAGGUUGUUUUAAAUCAAAGCACCGUCAAAAACUGAUUCUUUUUUCAUUUCUGUGGCAUACAUGUUCUUUCUGUUUGCAAUUGUACAUACGAUGCAGUAGUAUUCUUUUUCUUUCUGUUUUAAGUGAAAUUGAUUUCCUGCAUAAUGAAGAUUAUUUACUAUUUUAAUUCACUUUCUCAGGAUCAACAAAACAACAGCAAACGAGUAAAAGAGGGCUGCAUGCGUGUUCAGGGUAAGGUCCCUCCUGAGGCGAUGUAUGGAGCAGGUUUUAUGAACAGAAUGUAGACACGUGAGCCUAAUAAGAAUAUAGUGUCAAUAGUUAUGGGAUGGAGGGGAGAGUUAAUUUGAUAUAUUUCUUGUUGUGAAAUGGUUUUGCAGUUGCGUUUACAUAAAGGUAUACGGUGUGGGGCUGAAAUACGUGAUGAGAAAAUAGCUUUUUUAAUCAACCUGAUUGUAUCUCACUUUUAUUCUGUCAUUGCUGUCUUUUUUCCCUAACUUGUUGCUUCAGCACGGACCUGUGACAAUUUUUCAGAUAACCACUUUACAUUUAGAAUGAAAACAGUGAAAGCAACGCAAGGAGAAUGUGUUCAAACAAAACCGCAGACAAAGAAGCCGACAUUUAUAACAGAAAAGCGCCGAUUGUCGUGUCUGCAUUUUCACUCGAUCUGAUUUAUCCACCUUUUUCUCGCAGUUGUUAAAUAAAUGACAAAAUCAACCCACCCUAAAGCAUCUAGGCCUCUGUAGCCAGUUAACGAGAUUGCCUGUCUGUUUGAAAUAUGAUUGUGGAUUGUGCUUUUAUUGAUUUUAAUUGCAGUUCAGGUUGUUACAUUUGCUGUACGCGGAGAAUCACUUGAGAGCGGGUGGAGAGUCGAGAUUGUAAUUUUAUUGUUGCUUUGUUUGCUGCUGUUAAGGAACCUUUUAUCAGAGCGAACAAUCGCUAUGUGUCAGCCAUCCACUACUGUCCUUUUCUUCCUACUGAUUGAGGUUUUCUCAAGGAAACUUUGUUGCUCUCUUGGUUUGUGUAAUUGCGUUAAAAAUGUGCCUACUCAGAGCAGUGUGACUAAAAGUUGGUGUUCUGAUGUCAGUGAUAUUUACCAAGGCUGGAAUAUUGCAUGAGGUGGUAAUUUAGCAAGUUUUUCCGUCUGGUGCGGCUUCGGGCAUGGCAAUACAUGAUAGUUAUAGGAAAUGUAUGAUUAUUGAUACACAUUCUAUCUCACCCAACAGGCAUAUUUAGAUUAUUAUAUUCCAGUUGAAUUUAGUAAUUGCUAUUUUCUCUUUAACGAUAUAUUACAGCCCUGAUUUGGCUUUACUUGAGUGGUCUUCAGCCUUGGUAAAUAUAAUUAAUGCCACUGACAGAUGGAUAAAAGUGCACAAGCUGAGUUACUAGCAAACUAUAGAAAUGUCUAUCCAUAAUUUCUUAGCAUUAUUUUAGGAGGGAACAUCCCACAAAGACGCCCUUGCCCUCGCAAAAGAGUUGUAGCGAGCACAGCUGCGGCUCAGUGUUUUCUGUGCGAGGUGCCAGGAUGGUGCAUUAUUGAUCAGAUAGAUUCUAUGCAGAGUACCACAGAGAUCAACAGCGAACAAGUUGGCCUCUUCACAGAGAAAUGCCUUCAGUGUGUUCUCCUGAAUGAGUACAUGGAAAACUUCAUUUGUGUUUCCGUGACGUAAUAGUUACUCGUGCCCGUGUGCUACUUGCAACGUUUCUGAAACAAACGUUGCAUAUUUUUUGUUGCUUCUUGUACUGAUUCUGUCUUUUCGGUGCUACUGGUAGUGCUUUUUCUUGGGUCAGCACUUAAAGUAUAUUUUUCAUUAUCAGAUUUUAUUGCUUCUACGUGUGCAAGUGUGUGUGUGUGUGUGUGUGUGAAAGAGCUGCUUUGCUGAAUCAUUCUCAUCUUUUAUUUGUUGACAUUAUAAGAUGUGGGUAAUACUGGGUGAUGGGGGUUAAUACUCUGGGAUGUUUUUUUUCCUUUUGUUCACAUGUGAUGCUUUGAUGUUGAGAAAAUGUGCACUGAAACGUAAGUGAUAUAAACAGAGAAUCCAAAAUAGUCCAGAUUCUGUACUACUGUCUGAUUUAAUGUCUCUUUUGUUUUGUACAGUGUCUUUUUGUUUGUAUUUGCUUUUUUUUUUUGUUCUGUUUCUCCAUUCUGCUUACUUUGAAAAUUUUACUAAAUUUGCAAAGGUAUUGUGCAACAGUAUAAUUUCUUUUGAACUACUUGAAAUGCAUUAAUAAACCAGAAUUGAUCAAAUGUUUGUUUUUACCUGUUGUUAGUAGCAUCAAAAGGUGAUAUCAUGGCGGGGAUGGUUGGCCAGAGGGUGGCGCUGUUGUGUCUGCUUCAGAAGGAAAAGACUGAACUGCCAGGAUGGCCUAACAUUGUUUGUGGUGUCUUCCCUUUGUAACUGUCUGCUCUCUGGUGUCACCACCUGGUUAAUACUUGCACUUACUUGGGUGCUUCUUUCCCAUUUCUGUGUUUAUUGUUCCAACUUUACAGAACCUGACAGCUACGUUUUCAUGCAGCCACAAAAUUUGGAUAUUUUAGCGUGAAUCAUUUUGUCAGUUUAUGGAUGAGAAAUGUAUGAACAUCAUUGCAUGUGUAGAAAAAAAUUCAAAGCGCAAUGCAGAAUAGAAAAGAACUGAGUAUUUUUAUUGCUCUGAUCAAAAAGUGAAUUUAUGUCAUGUUAUUGACAUUAGUAAUGUAGGUUUUUAAAUGCUGACGUUGAUCGUUUUAUGCACAUUUUAAAAAAGCAACCUUUAGAAUUAAUGUUAUUGAAGGGAACUUUAGACUUUGUUUUCAUUGCCUCAAUAUUUAAAUUGGCAAGCUUUCAGCUUUCUAAACAUUCAGCUGUAGAAUGAAAUGUGGACCUAGGCAGGUGUUUGGAACAAUAGCAUUGCCAUGCUGAGAGAAUUCACAUACAAAACUUAACUUAUUAACAACUUUAUCACAGAAUCGAACACAGUUUACUAUUAUUUUCUUCCUCUUUUAGCUUCAUUGUCUCAGGAUUCAGUUCUCCUAUUCAGGGCAUCUGUCAGACAAUUAAUGAUUUCAAAUUUACUCCCUAAAUCUGCAUAGCCUCACUGUGAGCUGUGAGAAUUGUAUCCAGAUGUGAUCUUCCAGAUGCUUCAUUAGAGAUCUUCAGUCUGUUGAACAGAUCCCACAACUCUCACAAGUCCGUCACUUGUGCUUCCUCCUGCGCUGUUUUGGUGUGUCUUCUUUACAACGCACAAACACUUUAUCUUGAGACACUUCAAUCUGCUGUCCGUCGUCU